AUGUUUAAUCAUCUAGUCGUAGAAAAUAUGAGUUUCAUGGGAAAACUUGCUUUGGCAAUCGAUGAGGUUUUCUCAUUAAGAUCUCAUAUAGAGUUACAAUAUGUUGCAUCAGCAAAAUCGACAAAAUCCUUACCUUUAACAUGGCAAACACUAAAGGACAAAGCAAAUAGCAUUUGGGCGGAAAUAUGCGAUCACGAUCCUGAUUUGAAGAAUCGAAACUUUGUUGCUAAUAUGGGUUGGAUUGCAAGGUUUAUCAAGCGUAAUAAUAUACAAUUGGUAACAUUACCAAAUGCCCCACCAGCUUCCUCACCGAUUGGCAUUUCCAGACAGCCUUUAGGACUUGCAGAAUCUAGUCUUCAGCCAAAAAGCUCACAAUCAUCAAAAUGCGAUUGUACCAAGGAGCAUUUUAAAAUUUCUCAUUCAUCAUUUAUGGACGGAAAAUCCUCUAGUUGUGAUUUCUAUUUGAAGCUUGGACCUGCACUUUCAUUUUCAGCAAAAAUUUCGCCAAUUUCCGGGAAAAAUGUCCAAUCACCAUUUCACUGUACAGAAGACUGCAUUGCGCAAAAUCGAAAUGUUGAUCCACAGUCUUCUUUUCCGAAUAAUUCCUCAGAUUCUCAAAAUUCAGUUGAAAGUAAAUGUAAAGUAUUAGAACAGUGUCAACCGAGUGCAAGCAAAAGCCGUCGUAAAAACUUUAUACCGAGGAAGCUAGUCUUCGACACCUCGACACUUGCCAAUCCAUGUGACGAUUUAACUGAUGUCGAUAUAUACACGGGUAUUAAUGAUUCGUUGAUGAUAAUGCCCUAG